AUGGAGUCCCCCACGGAUGUGGCCGCACUUUGGCAGGCUGCAGUCGAGGACUAUGAAACCAUCACGGGCGUUCAACUCCAGAAUUUCGCCACCGUCAAACAUAUUGAUGGUAUCUUGGUCCAAGUUGGAUUGAAUGAGACAAAUUUCAAACUCCAUCGACAUGGCGGUUCCAAGUUGGACAAGUUCCGGACCUUGGUGCAACGGAGCCUUGGCCCGAUCGAGAUGCUGAGCCAUGUAGUCGCCCAUGCGACUAAAGCUACUUUUCCCCCAAGCGAAGCCCUCUUUUCUGCGAUUAGUUAUCUCAUCAAGACUGCAAAUGCUGUAUCGUCGGACUAUGACAAGAUCGUGGAGUUCUUUGACGAUUUGGAUUCUUAUCUUCACCGAUUAAAGACGUUGGAACACAAUACGCCACAAGUCCCGGAGUUACAGGCGGCCUUGACAGAUGUCUUCCGAUCAGUCCUAGUCCUCUGUGGUAUCUGCACAAAAUACACACAGAGGAAACGAAUCGUCAAAGCAUUCCAAAACCUUGUCUCGGGUGAAGACGCCGAGCUUAAAUCCGCGUACGAGCGCUUCCACAAAACGGUCGAGCGGGAACAAGCAGUGGUCAGAUACGCCAUACUCUCUGACGUACAGGAGCUCAAAAUAAAAACUGGCUCUGUACAUGGGGAUGUCAGAACAACCCUCGCUGUUGCAGAACGUCUGGAUAACAAUCUUGGGACGGUAGUAGCCGGUGUACGACAUAUUCAAACACAUGUCGAAGACCAGGAAACCGCGCUCGAACGGAAAGAGCUUCUAGCGUGGCUGUCAGAUCUCGAAUUCCAUGACAAGCAGCGAGAUUCCUUUGCGAAGCAUCAUCAGUCUACUGGAGAGUGGCUGCUGAGCUCUGAGCCAUUUCAAAGAUGGCUUAGAGAUGAGAAAACCACAACUAUCUGGUGUCCUGGAAUUCCUGGUGCGGGGAAGACCGUGAUGUUAUCGGCUGCUGUCAACUACGUUGAAGAAAUCACGGAAGGAUCUAAUGUUGCGAUUGCAUAUGUGUAUUGCGACUACCAAGACUCGACCACACAGUCUGAAGAUGGCAUUCUGCGCAGCGUGACCCGCCAGUUGGUCGAGCAAUGUACGUCGGUGCCAUCCGAAGUGAUGGAAUUCCGUGACAAGUAUAGCGGGAGGAGAACUCAGCCGACUUCCGCAGAGCGUAUCUCUCUUCUCAAGCUUUUGACUCAGUAUUUCGGGAGGACAUACGUCUUCAUCGAUGCCUUGGACGAGUGCCCGGAAGAAAAUAGGGAAAGGCUUCUCAACGUGACAAAAGAGCUGCAGCAUUUUGUCCGUCUGUUCAUCACCUCUCGACCGAACGUGGAUCUGCAGGGAAGACUCUAUAAUCUGACACGAAUCGACAUUGUGGCGAACGAACAUGAUGUCCAUGCCUACCUGCUUUCGGAGAUUGAAACGAACCACAGAAUGCGUCUCUUCACCACCAAAGACCCGAAUCUGAAAAUGGACAUAGCGAAUGGGCUCCAAGAAAAGGCCCAGGGCAUGUUUCUGCUAGCUCAUCUCCAAAUGCGCCAGCUCUGUAGUCAUUCUAGCGUAAAAGGGGUUCGCCAAGCUCUGGGCACGCUGUCAGAGGACGUCUUCACCUUUUACCAGGGAGCCAUGAGUAGGAUUGAGAAACAAGGGGAACAAGACAAAAGUCUGGCUAGAAGGGCGCUCAGUUACAUAUUCUGUGCGCGAAGACCACUCGAUAUGGAUGAGCUUCUCCAUGCAUUGAGCGUUGAGGAUGGGGAUACACAACUAGACGAAUCCGCUCUUCCCGAGAUCGAGAUCCUUAUCAGCGUUUCGGGUGGCCUAAUCCGGGUUGAUGAGAAAACUGGCAAAACUGGGCUCGUCCAUUUCACGUUGCAGGAAUAUUUCGAGAAGUAUCCUGCACAACUUCUGCCCCAGUUCGAGAUGGAGAUGGCUCAAGUGUGCCUUACGUACUUGUCCUUCGACGCCUUUGAGAGUGGGCCCUGCACCGACGACGAGAGUCUCACUCAACGUCUGCAAAAGUACCGAUUCCUUGAUUACGCUUCCCAUCAAUGGGGGUUUCAUGUCAAGGCAAGCCAACUUGACAACGACCAGGAUCGUCUUCGAAGUAUCCUAGGAGAUGAUCGUAAAUUGUCUUCUUCGAUUCAAGUCCUUCACACCUCUCGGCGUCGGAUAAAAGGAGGGUACGACCGGUUCCCGAAGCAAGUUACGCCGCUACACGUUGCAGCAGACUGGGGCUUACAAAGGCUCUUGACUGUUCUGUGUCAAGCCGUCACCGAGAUUGACAGUCGAAACAGUUACGGAGCGACUGCGCUGCAAUUAGCUGCCCGUGGUGGCCAUUACAAAGCCGCACAGUUAUUGCUUGAGAAGGGAGCCGGGAUCAACCUGUGCAAUGACAAAGGCGAGACGGCUUUAGCCUGGGCGAGCAGACUUGGCCACCUCGAAACCGUCGAGCUUCUUAUCCACCAUGGAGCAGACGCAUUGGUAGAGGAUAAUGAACAGUGGACGGCGCUCCACUGGGCAAUCAUGAACGGGCAUAACGAAGUGGUGAAGGCUCUCCUUCAAUAUACCGCCAAUAUGGGUACGGGGAGUGUUGAGAGAAACAAGGGCCUCAUCCUUGCCGCUGAUGCGGGUAACGAAGAGAUAACGGACAUACUCUUAGUAGCCGGUGCCAACAAAGACUGGAGAAACCGUGAGGGAAGCACAGCACUGACCUUUGCGGUUCCCCUUGGCCAUGAAAAGACGGUACAUACACUCCUUCGGCACGGAGCCGACGUCAAUGUACGAGACAAUUACGACAAUGUGGCGCUCCACUGGGCGAUCACAUACCCUACAAUCACCAGGUUGCUGCUGGCAAAUGGAGCUGAAGUUGGCGCUAGGAAUAUUGAAGGAAAGACGUCAAUGCAUUGGGCGGCUCAGGAGGGGCAGACUGAAGUCACGGAAAUCCUGAUUCAGUCCCGCGGUGAUGUUAACGCGAAGGACAAAUUCGGGUUCACGCCACUUCAUACCGCGGCGCUGAAAGGAUAUGAGUCUAUGGUGCGACUUUUGUUGGAGCGUGGGGCUGACCCUAAUGAGAAAGACGAGGAUGGAUGGACGCCAUUCCACGCGGCCGCUUUGAAGCAGCAUGAUGGCAUUUUGAGCCUAUUAUUCGACAAGGUUGAGAAUGGAAACCAGAUACUUCAACAAAUGACACGACGGCUGGAAGACGAAAAUCAGCGAGACAUCCUGAACGAGAUGGCGGACAAGAAGUCGGUCGGGAGCAACCUUGUCAGCGGUCUCCGGUUAGCCGUCAACAGUGGACAUGUCGAGAGAGUGCUGGCUCUUUUGGACGCCGGAGCAGACAUUGAUGCCGAGGAUAGUGUUGGAGGCUCGACGGCCCUCACACUAGCGUCUUGGCUAUGUCUUCGGGAUAUCGCCCAACUCCUCUUAGAGCAUGGUGCCAACCCCAACAAACCUGACCGAAGCGGACGAACCGCGCUACAUUAUGCGGUUGACUAUGGUUACCAUGAUCUAGUCAAGUUGUUGGUUGAGAAUGGAGCUCAUGUCGAUACAAAGAUCCAUGGGCGGACGGCGACGCUUUUGGCAGGGAGAAAAGGUUUUCUGCUGACUGCAGAUUACUUGGUUCGACAUGGAGCGGAUGUCCAUAGCGCGGACUAUCGAGGACGCAGAGCGCUACACUGGGCUGCCUACCAUGGCGGUGUGCCUUUAGCACGUCGUCUUCUAGAUCAGGGCGCGGAUCCCAACGUGACUGACUGCUUGGGAAGGACGCCACUGGUCUGGGCAGUUGAGCGCAGCCAACACAAGACAGUGGCGCUAUUGGUGCGCAACGGUGCGGAUGCCACCUUGACUGCAAAGGAGUUGAUCACGGAGCCUGACGACACAUAUCAUUGGGCUGGCGCUGAUGGCGACGAGAAUGCUACGCUGAGAGGUACUCCGUCUCUCAAAGGAAUGCCCAAUAUCUCUAAGGUUGACCUUCAGGGCUCUCGCAGCUUCCUUGCCAAACUCGGCAUCGGAAGAAACAGUGGUCGGCAGAAGGUGGCCAACGCUUUAGAGAGCGUAGCAAGGACUGAUAGGGUGACCGAAGGCUUGCUCUUGAAUGUGGCCGAACGUGUGGACGUCAUUGAGCCGGUAACAAAGUUCGCCAGCACAAAUCGGACGGGCACUGGCGUGCGGAACACUUUCAACGUUGGGCUUGACCAUUGGCAGCCCGACGGCGGUCUUCAGUACGACCUCAUCUGGACGCAAUGGUGUGUCGGCAACUUGACGGACGCGGAGUUGGUCCGAUACUUACAACGGUGCAAGACGGUGGUGACUCCGGUCACCGGGGUCAUCGUCAUUAAAGAGAACCUGAGCACCAUCGAAAGUAAUGUCUUCCGUGAGAUAGACAGCAGUAUCAUGCGGAGCGAUGCGAGGUUUCGAACCAUCUUCCAACAGGCGGGCUUGCGGAUAAUAAAGACGGAAACGCAGAAGGGUUUCCCAAAGCUUCAUGGUGUCAAGCUGUUUCCGGUGCAAAUGUAUGCGUUGAAGCCGGCAUAG